AUGUCUUCAAUUUAUAACCUCUUUAAAUCAUUUAGAAAGUAUGAAGGAAUAGACCCUGAAAAACUAAAAGAGCUCUUUCCAAAUAUUUCAAAUAAGUAAACUUAUAACAUAGAAGAAGUAUACACCAGACCUCUCUCUCCUCAAAAGUUAAAUAAGUAGACAUACUUAGAGAUUUUCAAUAGCACCAAAGAAGCUUAAAAGAAGCCUCUAAAUUUUAUUAAUUAUUCCAAUCAUAACUACAAUGUUGUAUCAAAUGAAGUUGUUCCUAAAACAAUCUACUCACAAUAUCAUACCAAAAGACUGGAUUAUGAAAGUUAGAUUCCUUUAUAUAGAGAUGCUAAGAGUGAGUUAGAUAAAAAACACAAUUUAGUAAUAGCAGAAAAAAUUUUAGAUUAUGGAAAAUUUGACAAAAUUGAGCAAGCUAGAAGACAAAUGAGGAUGAAUAUGAAAUCAUACAUUAUAAAAAACAUCAAAAAGACUAAAGAUAAAGCUAAUUAGAACUCCCUAAUGACGUCUUUGAAUGUUAGUUCCACCAGCAAAAAGUCAAAGAAAUUUACCUCGUUGCAAGACUCACCUAAGAAUUAAGAUAAAUAAAAAAACUUCAACGCUUAAAACUUUUACAAAUAUUUGCAGGAAAAUUAGCCUAAGUCUGUUAUUUAGCUUAAAUAAAAUACAAGUGAUUAUCUCUAAAACUCAGAGAGAAAUUUGAUAAGUAUCAGGCCAAAGGAAAUAAUUAAAAAUACUAUUUAGACACUUGAUCCAAGAAGAAAUUAUAGCAAUAAUAGAGAUACAAUUUCAGUAGUGGGAAAGUAGAAUUCAAUAAAGGAAAACGCAUAUUCAUAAGUGGAUGUUGAAAUUAAUUACGACGAUCCUAGAAGAAAUAUGCCUAAAUCAACGAGGCUGCAAAUUAAGAGAAGAAGUAAUUAAUCCUAGUAAUCAGGAAGUACACUUAACAGAAAGAAUUUAAAUUAACUAUCAAAGGAGGAUAUAGGGGUAAAUCUUAAAACUAAUUAAUAUACUUUAAGAGAUCUUUAGCCUUCAGAAAAUGGUCAAUCUUAAAUAAGUGAUUCUGCUUUUUCAAAAAGAUGGUAAAACUUAGAAAAUUUUGUAAAUAGAAAAAGAUCUCAAAAAGCAAAGGAUGAAAUAAUCAGUCAAGCCUAAGAAUAUUUAGAUAGGUCAAGAAAAGGUAGCUAGCAAGAUAUUUAAAGUAUUAAGUCUGAGCGAGCCAAGCAAAGAUAUAGAAGCUAGAUUAAUCCUAUAGAAACGAUAAGGGAUGAAAAUGAAUCUGAAAAUUCCCUAAACAGAGAUUUAUAAGAUCAGGAUUUAUACGAUGACAUAAUUAGUGAUAGAGAUCUUGAUCCUUACUCUGAUGAUGAGUAAGGCUAAAUUGAUGAUCACUAAUAGAGUAAGGACAGCUAUAGGAAAUUUGAUAAAUAAGAAUACGAUACAAGAGUUUAAGAACUCAAGGACAAGUUAAUCUACGAAUAGAAUAAGAGAGAAGAACUUGAGAGAAUGAUACUGAAACUCAAGGAAAAUAAAAAGCAGCCAAAUCUUUGA